AUGGAACAAAAUCCGUCUCGCAACCCCCCACCUCCUCCGCCUCUUCCCCCUCCAGAUGAGGAUGAAAUCGCUCCAGCCCCGCAGCCGCCCCGCCCCUUGCAAGUUCCCCUCCCCGAAUUAGAUGAAAGCCCCCCGCACCCAUGGAACGAUGUCAACGAGAAGCAGCUCCGCUCUGCCCUGAUCGGUGCCUGCAAGCGUAUGCCCCGCAAUGCGGAAGCCCACUUCCAUCUAGGCCUCAUGUACAUGCGCAAGUGCGACGGUGAGGAAGCCCUCCGCUCUUUUCAACAUUGCAAGCAGAUUUACAACGAGCGUCUGGACCAGUACAAGACCCAAUCUAUUGAACCACCCAUGCAGCUCCUUUCCUGCAUAGCGCGAUUACGCUCCCAUUCGGCACAGGCCGCGCAUCUCGAGGCUAUGUCCAGCUACGAGCGUGAGGAGCGCACCCCGAUGCUGACACGACUGCAUCGUGACCUUGUUGUCGCCACCAACAUGGAUAACACGCAACCAGAUGUGUGGAAUGCGAUCGCGAUGUUGCAUCUUUCGGAGGGUGGAUAUGAGGGGGCCCGUGACAUUUUAAAGCUGAUACGAACAUCAUGCCCUGAAUAUUUGGAUGCAUUAAGCAACCUCGGUCUAGCAGAGCUCGCACUUGGAAACGAGGAAAGUGCGGUGUCUUGCUUUCAGAAAGUUAUCCUUUGCGACAAGGGGCAUGCAGAGGCUCUGUCCAACUACGGUGUCGUUUUGUUGAAGCACGGGAUUUACGAUGCCGCCAUUCGGGCGUUCGAAGGGGCUGUCAAAGGUUCUACUGCGCAGGGGCGCGGGCUAUCUUUCGCGUGGGGGGGUUUAGCAGUUGCUAGGGGGGCAAUAGGUCUUUUGGAAGAGGCGGAGAAGGCUGCUCACGAGGCAGAGAGAACAGCUGACCCUCCAAACAAGGCGCGUUUUUCGAUGCUCUUGACGUCAAUUCGGGCGAGAAGAGUGACAGCUCGAAUGCGCCGAGGGGUAACUUCAUAUCCGCCACAACUUCUCAAAGGGGACGGGUUGGAGUCGCCGCCGCAGGUCAAACAAGAGCUGUCAGAACAACCAUCACAGAGUCGAUACGGAUCGAAUUCUCCUCUGUCUGGAGCGAGUGAAGAUCCGCGACCAGCAGUGGAAGCAGCUGUCCUUCGCUUACGAGCGUUGGCGAGAGAUAUCAAGUCAAGUUCCUCCAAAACGGCGCUAGGGGCCGUGCUUCGGUUGCGACACGAGUAUUCUUGGGAGGAUUCUGGAAAUAGGAACUUCGGAGCUGAGGCGGCAGAGCGGCUUGUGGAAGCGUUAGAGAGCAACGACUCAGACGUAGCUGCAUGGGUGCAGCUUUCACUUCUACAAAUGGGUACAGGCGAAUAUCAAGAAGCGCGCGACUUUGCUGCUCAGGCUGUGGCGCGAAGUGGUGAGAUGGAAUCUGCGUGGAAUGCGUUGGCAGUUUCAAACCAACUUAAUGAUGACGUACCCGAAGCGCAGAAAGCAUACGAGAAAGCCAUCGAAAUUGUAACGAGAAAGUACAACAAAAACAACAACAGAAGGUUGCCCCAUGAACACGAAUCUGGUGAUCGAGGUAAGACAUCCGAGACUGAUUCUCAAGAUAUCAUUCGCGCCCUGACUUCAGAUCCGUUGUUGCCGGUGGAGGAGGAGAACGAGGGUAAAGGCAUCCAAGCGGAGACACUACUGGAAGACCUCAACGAUGCGGGACUGCAGUCACUUGCCUCUUUGUACAACAACUAUGGAAACCUGAAGCGUCAAGAAGGCCGCAGUUUUUCAGAAGCUCUCCAUGCCUAUAAUACGAGCUUGAAACUGGGUGGUGAAAACGCUUUAGUGUAUAACAAUCUUGCGCUCCUGUACAUUUCUGCUGGUCGUAUGAGUGAUGCAACUAGUAUGCUGGAACACGCAUUGAAACUAGAACCUCAACUGGAAUGUGCAAUUUCGAAUCGCUUGAAGCUGCGAGCGCUUAUCAGACGAAAAGAGAGAGAAAGUGAAGAGAAGCAGGACUACAGCAGCGACCUUGGUUUUGGUGAAAUUGAUUGUCUUUGA